AUGUUGUUGGCCCCAGAGGGCGCAGCCUGCAGUUUGCAGGCCAUGCGCGGCGUCAUGUUCCUGAUCGUGUGGCGCAAGGGACACAUCAUCAUGGCGCUGCGGCCUCAGCGCAUGUCACAGCUCCCGCCCUGCAGGUAUGUUCCAGAGCUUGGCUUCGCUUGCGUUGUGGUGGGGCACGUGGUGGUCUGCAUCCUGAACGAAAUCGACAAGUUCUGGGGUUGUUCCAAAACCGUUUGUGGUGUCAGCCCCAGACUCAUGAACUGUGCCUUCUGGCUGGGCUGGUGCGUGCUGGUGGUCAUGUGCUCCAUUCCAAUGCUGGCCGUGGCGUACUUCUGCUUCGACUUCGCCUUGAAGGGCCUGGAAUCCUGCCAUAUCUUUAGUUCUGAUGGCGCCGUGAUAUCCGAAGACUUCGAGGAUGCGGCAAGGUGGAGCGGUAUUCUGUUCGUUGUGUUCGGGUUCCUGUCAAUGUUGGAGGCAGUCCUAUGGCUUUGGGUCCAUGUUCUGGUCCCGGACAGGAAGAAGCUGCAACCAGAGGUGACGCCCUCCUUGCUGAGUCGAACUGGUGGCUAUGUGAGCGUGGAGGGUCAGGAAACGGAGGACAAGAUGGUGAUGUCUGCCUGCUGUGCUGCACCCUAA